AUGCGCCGUUAUAGUUUGGGGAGACCGCUACGGUUCCAAUCCACGACGCCGCCUCCACCGUCACCGCCUCCGCCCCCACCGUCACCGUCACCGUCAACACCCCUACCGUUACCGUCUCCACCGUCCAGGGAAUCGUCGCCAGCCAUGAGCCUGUGGACGGAUUUUGAGUGCCCCAGGCCAUUAACCACCGAUGCGAGUACCAAUACCGUGAGGCCAGCCACCAGAACCGUUGGCACCAAUGGGAUCCAGGUAUUCCUUGAGCUGGGACCACGAAGUUGUUGGAGGUGUGGUGGUGAAGGCCACACCAGGGAGAGAUGCCAAGGAGUAAUGGUCAAAUUCUGCUCCAGAUGCGGCCUUAUGGGGGUAUUGUCCCGCGACUGCUGUGUAGGGGCACCCAACCGAGUGCGUUUAUCCACCGACCACCGUUUAUCCCCACCGUUGAGAAACCGGGAAGAAGCCUGGCUGCCGGACCUGCGGCUCAGACCGGCCGCCCCAGCAGCGCCCACACCGUCGCCGACCCGUAGGAAAAAGGUUAAAGUCGAUUGAUCGACACCGAUUAAUGUAUUUUUUUUCUCUUUUCUUCCUUCUAUUAAAUUUACCGUUCCGUAAACCGCCUUUGAUCUGCCCUUAAUAAUUGGUGGAUGCGCUAACCGUAUCUACCGUCAAAUUUCUAUUAGCUAGUUCAUUAUGCCGGAAAACAACUCCGAGGUCAAUAACCCCACAGCAUUCGUUUGUUCACAGUUUACAACCAACCUACACCGACAAACCCAGCGAGUUGGAAGAAAAAUAAAACUUGGUUUU